CAACCCAACUUCGUCUUGUGCAGAUUGGGGAGACUCGUUAAUCUCAAAGCUAAAACCAGCCAUGUCCAUCGACAUCCCAGGCUUAAGACAAAGGUAUAUUGACUCGUGCAAGAGGCAUGAUGUCCUUCCUAGUAAUGCAAUUUUGUCUGGUCUCUGUAAGGCUGAGGUUAAAAAAGCUCGCCAUGAGCUAUGUAGCUUGGAGAUUUUCCUGCACCACCUCAAGGAUGUUGAUUUUCUUCCCCUAUUUGACGUCUUUACGCAACUUGAUAAUUCCGAGAUUGAAGCAGUUGAUCUGUGCAAUGGAUCAUCUUGCACAUUGAAGGGCGAAUAUGCUUUGAAAUUGAUGCGGGCGAUCAAUCAAAAGCUUCGGGUUGUUGAUCUGCAGGAUUUCUUUGGAAAGAGCUCUUUACGGGAUCUCUCUAAGAAAGGUUUGCCAUGCCAAAUGUUGAUCUUGAUGGCUUCGAAUUUUCGGAAGCUUAAUAUGUCGGGGCAGUUCAUGCAAAUACACACCCUUAACCUCGAUUUCAGUAGUUCACUCACUAGUUUCCAGGAGGAUUGCUUUGCUUGCAUGCCUAAUUUAAUGCGGCUCUCGAUGUGUGAAACGAGAAUUUCAAAUCUUUGGACUACUACGGCUGCACUCUCUAAGCUUCCUUCUUUGGUUGAACUUCGGUUUCAGAAUUGGCUGUGUUGCAAUGAUUCUGGGUCCUGCUUUGUAUCAUCUAGUGUGAAGUCAAAUAGAAAAACUGAUUCUGGUUUGCCAAAAAAAAAUCCGUACGUUGGAGGAGUAUCUGUUGAUCUUCGUGAACUCUUAGACCAAAACUCAAGCACUGAACAGGUUCUCAGGAAUAUGGUUUCACUUAGUGAAUUGAUUGUAAAUAAUGACGUUCAAAGCAUGAGUGAAGAUUCAUCAGAUGAUAGUGAGACAGAAUAUUUGAAUUGCCAGCAAGUAUAUGGUAACAUGGAGCCGUCGCCCACUGCUUUUCCUGGAUGGCAUGGACAAUUCGAUUUUCAGAAUGAGGUUUCCUUUGAUACCUUACAAUAUCAAAAUGAAGAGGAGUCAACAAAGGGUGCCUUUACACAGGACAAUGCAGAUCUUGCAAUGAACUAUAUUUCUUAUCAUCCUUCACCAGUAUGUUUUGAGAAACAUUACAGAGAAUACAUGAUAGCUUCAUUACCUCGUUUGAAAGUUUUAGAUAACUUGCCUAUUAGAAAAAGUGACAAGGAGAGGGCUAGUGUUACGUACUUAGAACACUUUGAACAUCUACCUUAUAGAAGAAAAAAAAAAGAAUGUGUCGUUAGUAUUUUAAAAAAGCGUGAAGUAAAAGCAGGCCGCAGUCCCGGGCGAAACUCAUCAUGCCUGCCUGGGAUAUCUCAAAACUUUUAUACCAAGUCAUUUUGCGCUGCUAAGGUGGGUUCUUCUGCUUGGCCAUUACUGCAUCCAAUUUCUAUUUCGGGAACUCUUGUUGGAGAUGAAAGAAGGAGCUUUCGUCCUAGGCAGUUUGAGUAUCAUCCAACUGAUUGUAGCUUAAUGGUAUUUGGAACUUUGGAUGGCGAAGUGGUCGUACUCAACCAUGAGAGUGAGACAGUUAUUAGUUAUAUUCCUUCACUUGGAGCAAUGAACAGUGUGUUAGGACUCUGUUGGCUCAAGAGACAUCCGUCUAAGCUUAUAGCUGGUUCAGACAAUGGCUCCUUAAAAUUGUACGAUAUCCAGCAUAGGUCGCAAAUAAUAACAGGCGUAUACAAUAGUGUUGGAACUGUCACGUUUGAUGAGUUUGACCAAUUGACAUCUGUUCAUGUCAACUCUACUGAUGAGCUAUUUCUUGCAAGCGGUUACUCAAGAAAUGUUGCCUUAUAUGAUAUCAGCAGUGGAAGGCGUCUACAGGUGUUCACUGAUAUGCAUCGAGAGCAUAUUAAUGUCGUUAAAUUUGCAAACCAUUCUCCGUCUAUUUUUGCAACUUCUUCAUUUGACCAGGACGUCAAGAUGUGGGACUUGAGACAGAAACCGUUACGGGCUUGCUAUACUGCUACUAGCAACAAGGGCAAUGUGAUGGUUUGUUUUUCUCCUGAUGAUCACUAUCUUUUGGCUUCAGCUGUUGACAACGAGGUUAGACAGCUUUUGGCUGUUGAUGGGAGGCUUCAUUUGAACUUUGGGAUAGCUCCUACAGGAAGCACUCAAAACUAUACUCGAUCUUAUUACAUGAAUGGACGGGACUAUAUCAUUAGUGGGAGUUGUGAUGAACAUGUGGUCCGUGUUUGUUGCGCUCAAACGGGAAGGCGUCUCAGGGAUAUAUCUUUAGAGGGAAAAGGCUCUGGUACUUCUAUGUAUGUUCAAUCUUUACGGGGUGAUCCUUUCCAAGAGUUCAACAUGAGUAUAUUAGCAGCCUAUACGCGUCCGAGCACGAGGACCGAAAUUGUCAAGGUCAAUAUGCUAGCGUCGAGUGACUAUGUCAAGGAGCACAAUCACCGGCAGUCGCGGCCGAGUAAUAGCAUGGGUGGUUAAUCUUGAUGAAAGUAUCUACCUUUUUGUGAAGCAGUCGUGUAGCAAGCACAAAGCCAAGCUGUUCUUUUGCUUCUUAUUACUGAUGGUCUGUUUGGUUCAGGUUUGAGCAGGAAGUAUCUACCUCUUUGUAAAUGGUGAAUCUUGUUAUAUACGUGCAUAUAUACCCCAGACAUUCAUAGGAUUGCGGGUU